GAUAGUACAGAAGACGGACAUGAUUCCUGGCUACUUUUUAUUAUUAAAUUUCUUUGUCCUCGCAGUAACUGGGUCUUUGUCUGGAGACAGGCACUCCUGUUCCAAUACUCUGUCCCAGUAUGAGAAUUGUCUUAAAACACAUGACUUAACAAUGGAAACCAGAAUACAAAAUCUGGAAACGGAGAUGAAAAAUAUUCAAGCAGCAGGUACUAGGCAGGUGGUCGCCUUCCACGCCAGCCUAAGUACCGAUGUCAAAGUGGAAAAGGGGCCUCUGAAGUUCGACAAAGUCUUGUUUAACAGGGGUAAUGGCUACAACGACACAGCUGGUGUAUUUACCGCCCCCGUUCAAGGCGUGUAUUCUUUCACUCUCACAUUAGGCCCUUACACUCCUAAAACGGCACCAGAUCUCUUUCGAGUACAGAUAAUGAAGAACCGAGAAAUUGUGAGAUACUUGUACAUUGAGUGGAAGGGCUCCUGGUUGAAGAAGUCAGAGAACACAAUUGUAGAGCUUCAAGUUGGAGACGAAGUUGACGUCAGGAUGUAUAAUGCGCCUGCAGGUUUCACAUCAAUAGGAGGGACUAACAAUCAUCCUGGAAGUUCCUAUUAUUCUCACUUUUCAGGAUUCUUAAUCGGAUAAUGCAUUGAAUAAAAGGCUCAGAAGUAUGUUUCUUGUUCAUAACAAA